GCAGGGUCCUUCAACAGGACCGACACGACAUGUACCCGGAAGUAAUGGAGUAUGAAGUAAACACGCAAGUCAAAAUUUAAAAUCCCUCCUUCAGAUAAAAUGAACAUGUCGCCAGAAGUUGCACUGCACAGGAUCUCACCGGAGUUGCGACCCUUGCUGUGCAGUGUGGUGCGGAAUGGCCGCGUGGGACUGGACUCCACAAAUUGCCUCCGAGUCACAGACCUCAAAACCGGAUGUACAUCUUUGACCCCAGGUCCUUGCUGCGAUCGCUUCAAGCUUCACAUCCCUUAUGCUGGAGAAACCCUCAAAUGGGAUAUUAUAUUUAAUGCCAACUAUCCGGAGCUGCCCCCAGAUUUUAUUUUUGGGGAAGAUGCAGAGUUUCUGCCUGAACCUUCAGAAUUACCGCAUUUGGUCCAAUGGGAUGCUGGAAACCCAGACAGUUUGCUCCAGCUCGUGAAGGAGCUUAUCCAGCAAUAUCACCACUACCAAUGCCAGCGUCUCCGUGAAAGCUCCAGACUUCUCUUUGAGUAUGAUAGCCUACUUGAGGAUCCCAACUAUGGCCGUAAUAUGGAGAUAUAUGCGGGACACAAGAACAGCUGGACAGGAGAGUUUUCAGCUCGCUUUCUUCUAAAACUCCCUGUGGACUUCAGCAAUAUCCCAAUCUAUCUACUCAAGGACACAACCCUGGACCCUGGAGAAGAUGUGGCUCUUCUCUCUGUGAGUUUUGAGGAUGCUGAGGCGACUCAAGUCUUCCCCAAACUCUACCUUUCUCCAAGUAUUGAACAUGCUCUGGGAGGUGCCUCUGCACUUCAUAUCCCAGCAUUCCCCAGCGGAGGAUGCCUAAUUGACUAUGUCCCACAGGUCUGCCAGUUACUUACCAAUAAGGUGCAGUAUGUCAUCCAAGGCUAUCACAAGAGGCGGGAGUACAUUGCUGCAUUCCUCAGCCACUUUGGAAUGGGAGUGGUGGAGUAUGAUGCCGAGGGAUUUACAAAGCUUACCCUUCUACUCAUGUGGAAAGACUUUUGCUUCCUAGUACACGUGGAUCUCCCACUGUACUUCCCUAGAGACCAACCCACCCUCACGUUCCAGUCCGUGUACCACUUCACCAGCAGCGGGCAGCUUUAUUCUCAAGUGCAGAAGUCGUAUCCUUAUAGCCCCCGUUGGGACGGCAAUGAAAUGGCCAAGAGGGCAAAGGCUUACUUCAAGACCUUCAUCCCUCAAUUCCAAGAAGGAGCCUUUGCCAACGGAAAACAAUAGUUCCCUGCAGCUCUAUUGACAUGCCUGUGGUCCUGUGAUGUGUUGGUACAGGCCAUUGCGUACCUAUGUGUAUGUGUUAACAGCCACAUGGAGGGGGAAAAAAAUCCUGUAGCAACCUAAUCCCCAAAUGUGGUGGAUGUGAUGUGCUAAAAUGCUAUAAUUUGCCACAAAAAAAAUUUUCACUACAUCCAUCAUUUAAAAAAAAAAAAGAACCCCCCAAAAUGUCAGUUUUGUACUAAUUACAGUGAGUUACGUUUUGUAUAAAACACUACUAAAUUCUCAUGAGAACAGGCUUCGCAGACUAUUUUGUGUAACAUUUCUACCCAUUAUCACUAGAGUGUCAGUGAAUAAAACUGUACCUUUUUUGACUUUUCUACUAGGGCUAAGGCUAUGCCUUUUGCAUUGACGUACAUUAUGUUGUCCAAGCACUGCCCAUACUACAGGUAAACCCAUGCCCUGCUAAAGUCAUGAUGAGAUGGCACCUUAGCACUGAGGGAUCAGGCUGAGGGAUCCUGCUGGUCGUAUACAAAAAUAGAUAGAAAUUUUUUGACAGGAAGUCAUGGACUGUAAUACAGUAUCUCACCUCUCUUGCUCACAAUAACUAACAUUUUCUUUUGACCUCUUGCAGUAAUGCCAGAAAGCGAUGUAACAGAUUGUGGGAACAAAAUUAUAGGAACCCCGCGACACCUACAGGGAUUGAGAAUUUAAAAAAUAUUGUGUACUUCAUUCCAAAGAUAUCUGAUCAGGUUGAGUUUAGGGCACUCAAGUUCUUCCACACAAAAUUCAUCUAUUCAUGCCUUCCCAAAAGUGUUUGCACAAAGUUGGAGCCACAAAAUUGUCAAAAAUCGAAUUGAUUAAUGAAAUGACUAAGACCUGUACAGUGUAUUUAAUACUUUGGUCCAUAUAAUUUAGUUGCAGAUAUCGAUAUAUAUAGUGUUCAAACUUUGUUGGAUAAUCGCCAUUGACAGAUCUUUAGGGACAAUACUUACCUUCUUAGUUCACUGAUACUAUUGCAUCCUUUUCUGCGUCAUCAAAAUUAUCAAAAACAUCAAAAUGUUGCAUGUGUUCAUUUUCAUCAUAUAAAAUGUACCUUACUCACACAUUCACACUAUCAGUGCUUACUGCACAAUGUGCUUAUUUGUAAAAACGUUUGGUCAUUAAAGAGGUAAGUUACA